AUGUCGGACCACGGCUCUGAUUCCUCGGAGGGGAAGGUGACGCCUCACAUCCGACUCAACUCGGGGCGACAGGAUCCUUUCCUUCAGACAAAUGAGGGCUACGCGCCUCUCACAUCACGGACCUUUCCCCGGCCCUUGACACCACAAGGCCCCGAAGUGCCCAUGGCAGUAGGCGCUCAAGCGAUAUCACCAUACGGCGCAUCAAAUGUCCCCGAAUCCUCGGAAUUUCUGUUGCCUCCAAAGUUGAGGCCUACACAGGGACAAGGUACGAGCCAGACUUAUCGCCCCUUGUCCCCGGACCGGUGGUCUGCGGCUCGCUCGAGUAUCAGCUCCAUCAGUCAUGAGAGCACUUUCCCCUUGGAUCCGUUCCAGGAUUCGAGGGCACCUUCGCACGCUGGUAGUGAGGAGUAUGAUGUCAACACACAGACUGUGUCGGGAAAGUUCAAUAUCAUGCCCACUGACGGGUUGUUGUUGUUCCCUGAGGAUGUGGAGAAGGACGACUACUUGCAUAACCCGGACCCGGCGGACAAGGAUCGGGAUUGUGAUAUCUGGAAUCGACGGGGUAUUGUGAAUGUCGGUGGCCUGGCAAUUUUCACACUAGGUCUCCUAGUGCUUUUCAUUGGUUACCCGCUCAUAACUUGGUUGGUGAGCAUGUCGAGACAUCAUGAUGGUGUAUGCCACCCUGCAGACACGUUGUGUUUGGACGUUGGGGAGCGGCCAUUGUUGCAAAACCUGCGCAUGGGUCUGAUUGACCCAGACACACCGAAAGAGGCGCUCACCAAGAAAAGCGCCAAUGGAAAGGAGAUGAAGCUAGUGUUCUCCGAUGAGUUUAAUAUGCCCGGUCGAACGUUCUUCGAGGACGAUGACCCGUUCUUCCAAGCAGUCGAUAUCUGGUAUGGAGUAACACAGGACAAAGAGUGGUAUGACCCCGACGCAGUAACCACGGCAGAAGGCACUCUCCAGCUUCGAUUCGAUCACUUUGAGAACCACGGUCUUGACUACCGAUCCGGGAUGGUACAAAGCUGGAACAAGCUUUGCUUCAAGGGGGGCCGUCUGGAAGCUAGCAUGUCCCUUCCAGGUGAUGGACACAUCGAAGGGUUCUGGCCUGGUUUCUGGGCAAUGGGUAACUUGGCUCGUCCUGGCUAUGCUGCUACCACCGAUGGGAUGUGGCCAUAUAGCUACCAUGAUGGCUGCGAUGCAGGCAUCACUCCAAACCAGAGUUCUCUUGACGGUAUCAACUGGCUGCCCGGUAUGCGGCUGCCUGGAUGUGCCUGUCCUGGCUCUGAUCACCCGACUCCUGGUACUGCACGCAGUGCUCCUGAAAUCGAUGUGAUUGAAGGUAGCACUGCUCCACUGUAUGGCGACAGUGGUCCCUACGUUGGUAGUGCAUCGCAGAGUUUGCAGACUGCACCAUUCGACCUGUGGUACUUGCCUGACUAUGACUUCGCCGCCGUUUACGAUCCACGCGUCACCGAACUCAACUCCUACCGAGGCGGUGUCUACCAACAGGCCAUAUCGAGCCUAACCAACCUAAACCACCGCUGGUACAACGGCACUGAAUACCAAACCUACUCCUUCGAGUACACACCCGGCGCAGAAGGCGAUGUGACCUGGUUCGUCGGCGCUGAAAAGACCUGGACACUGGAUGCCCGCGCCAUCGGGCCCAAUGGCAAUGUCGGGCAACGCAUGAUCCCACUCGAGCCCAUGGCGCUGAUUAUGAAUAUGGGUAUGGCGGACAACUUCGCGCCGCAGAAUAAGAGCAUCAUCGAUUAUAUGCCUGCUAUCCUGCGCUUCGACUACGUUCGGAUCUACCAGGACCCCGAUGAUGAGAGCGUUACUUGUGACCCACCGGGUUAUGAGACGACUGAGUAUAUUGAGAAACAUCGCAAGGCAUACGAUAAUGCGAACUUUACGACCUGGGACGAGGCUGGGUACCGUUGGCCUAAAAAUUCAUACAUGCAUGACUGUCCGGCUAAUUAG